AUGUCUACCACCGUGCAUGUUUCCGGCAUUGCCCACGAGACCAGCGAGAAAGAGGUCAAGGACUUCUUCAGCUUCUGCGGCAAGAUCACUACCUUGUCAAUCAAGCCCGAGUCAGAUGCUACCGAUUCCCACAAGUCCGCGACCGUGACCUUUGAGAAGGACACCGCUGCGAAGACCGCUCUCCUCCUCGACAACACUCAGCUGGGCAAGUCUCAGGUUCAUGUGACAACCGCAGGGACCAUCGAGGAUGUCGCUCAGAAGGCCGGUGCUGCAGUGUCUUCCUCCCUUCCCGACGACCAUAUUUCUCAAGAAGACAAGCCUAGAUCACGCAUCGUUGCCGAGUAUCUGGCUCAUGGUUACACCUUGUCCGACAAUGUUAUCCAAUCCGCCAUUGCGUUCGACCAGAAGAAUGGCCUCAGCAAUCGCUUCACCAAAGCCCUGACCGACUUCGACUCCCGUUACAAGGCCAGUGACAAGGCGAAGGGCGUCGACCAGAAAUACGGAGUGACUGAGCGAACCAUGGGUGCCUGGGCUGGUCUGAACACAUACUUCGAGAAGGCCCUCAACACUCCCACUGGCCAGAAGGUCCGUGCCUUCUACGUUGAAGGUGACAAGCAGGUCCGCGAUGUUCACAAUGAGGCUCGAAGACUCGCAGAUCUCAAGGCUGGCAAGUCUCACGAGCCGGAGCAGGUUCCCGGUACAGAGAACACCGUUUGCAACUGUGGAGGAUCUGAAGGUGUGUGCGGAUGUGCUCCUGGCAAAUGCUCAUGUGCCAAUUGCGCGAAGAGUUCCGCCGGCGACAACCAACCCACGCCAGUUCAGAACACCGACAAGACUGUCUGCAAGUGUGGUGGAUCCGACUCCAAGUGCCCAUGCCCACCGGGAAACUGUGCGUGCGCGAACUGCUCCAAGUCUUCGACUGCUGCCACCAGCGAGGUCAAGGAAGCCGCACAGGCGUCGGGACAGCAGUUGCCUUCUGGCAGCGUUUGA